GGCGUCGCUCCGCCAUCCAUCACCUUGGAGCCCCAGUCCCCCAGGCGGAGGCAGAAAGAGGUGCAGCCCAUUACCACUCUGGAAAGAACCAGCAAAGAUAUGGGAUCAUGACUCACGUGGACGAAGCAGCCCGCCGGCUGUCCAAAAGUGGGACGAGCCUCUACGCAGUGCUGGAGCUUAAGAAGGGUGCCUCACCUGAAGACGUCAAGAAGUCCUACAGGAGACUGGCCUUGAAGUAUCAUCCCGACAAGAAUCCAGGAGAUGCUCAAGCAGCAGAAAUAUUCAAAGAGAUCAACACAGCCCAUUCUGUACUGAGUGACCCUAAGAAGCGGAGAAUCUAUGACCGACAUGGUUCAUUGGGAAUAUAUCUCUAUGAUCACUUUGGUGAAGAAGGAGUCAGAUACUAUUUUAUGGUGCAUAGUUGUUGGUUCAAGACACUCGUCAUCCUAUGCGCAGUGCUCACGUGCUGCUGCUGCUGUUGCUGCUGCUGUUUCUGCUGCGGAGCACUUAAACCGCCACCUGACGAUUUUAAUAGAAGAUAUCAACAGGAUGUCCAGAAUCAGCCUCAGCGGUCUGGAGGCAAAGCUUAUUUUAGAAAAGAAGAUGAAGUGCUGACCCAGUUCUCUGGACCCGUUGAAGACGAGCAAGUAGACUGCCAACUUUACCCACUAGGUGCUGACCCAGCGAGGGUGCCUUCCGCUGCCCAGUUCUCUGGACCCAUUGAAGACGAGCAAGUAGCCCUGUCCUGGCACUGA